GAUUGGCUGUCUAUCCGUGUAAAUUAUUAUUUUUUAGGCAAUAUCCAGAGCUACCGAGUCAUUGUCAAACCUUGAGGGGUCUUUUGAUACGCUUCCGAUGAAACAUAAUUGCAUUGUUGAACCCGGUCAACACCUUUUUGAUGAACUGGAAAUCUUCAUCUCUUGGAAAUUAGCUCGCCAUGCCUUUCCCAAUUGAAAUGACGGCCAAUCACGUGAAUUGACAUAGCCUCGAGAAUUAUGGUGGGUCAGCUAGUGAAUCUCUAUUUAUGGUAUCGCUUGGGGAUGGCGAAAAGAACGGGUCGAUGUACCGUUUCGGGACCGUGAGGGAUGAGACGCGUAAUAACAUGAGGGUUCACUGGUUGAAAGUUGGAACAUAAGAAGCCAUUCCUUAUGUGGAGAAUAUCAUUUUUAACAAGAUAAGUUUGACCUGCCACGCCAUUAGAAGCAACUUCUUUUUUAUUCCUCUCCUCUUGAUACCUACUAUUUCUUUUCCUCUUUCUUCCCCUUGUCGAGCGUUUCCGAAUUCUCGCUUUUAUUACAUUCGUUACACAUAGAUCCGAUUUCUUGGCAUCUGUAAGGCUGAAUCUUAUAUCAACCACACUCAUUGCCCUCAAUAUACCUCUUUUUCCUUAUCAUCCUUUGUAAAAAAAUCAUUGAUCUUUUCUCAAGUUUUCUACUUCUUCCUUCGUUUUGAAUUUUAUUUUACAAUAUGAGGCAAAGUACAAUAUUUGGGCUUGUUGCCUCGGUUGCCUCCUUUGGCAUGGCUGCAGCUGCUGGUACUCCUGUGUUGGCAGCAAGAGCUUCUUCUACUGCAAGUGUUGAAGCUGUUACGAUUUCGGGAAAUGGUAUGCUUUCAAAGACUACUUCGUGACCUUAUUAUUAACUGCUUUCAGCUUUCUACAAGGGCAGCGAUCGUUUCUAUAUUCGCGGUGUCGACUAUCAGCCAGGUAAAAAUAUCGGUAUCUUCGCAAAAGCUUUAUAGCUAAUCUUCGAAUACAGGUGGAGGAACUGGUACUACUUCCGACCCCAUUGCUAAUGCAACUGCAUGCAAGAGAGAUGUCGAGUAUUUUCAAGAACUAGGAAUCAAUACAAUCAGAGUUUACGCUGUCGACAACACUGCGGACCACGACGAGUGCAUGGGAUAUCUCGCUGAUGCUGGUAUCUAUCUUGUCCUCGAUACCGAUACCCCUCUCUACUCUCUCAACAGAAACGAACCCAAAGAAUCGUACAACAGUGUUUACCUUCAAUCCAUCUUUGCCACUAUUGACAAGUUCGCCAAUUACACCAAUACUCUUGCUUUCCUCUCCGGUAAUGAAGUCAUCAACGAUGUGAACAACACCAAUUGUGCUCCAUAUGUCAAAGCUAUCGUUCGAGAUAUGAAGGAAUACAUUGGUAGCCGGGGUUACCGAUCCAUUCCUGUCGGUUACUCGGCUGCAGACGUUGCUUCUAACCAAUAUAUACUUGCCGAGUACUUGAACUGCGGAACUGAUGAUGAACGAUCCGAUUUCUACGCAAUCAAUGACUAUUCAUGGUGCGAUCCUUCUUCCAUGACCACAUCCGGCUGGGAUACUCUCAUCAAAAACUACACUGGCUACAGUAUUCCUCUCUUCAUGUCCGAGUUUGGUUGCAUUACCAAUACCAGAAAGUUCACCGAAAUUGCCGCCUUAUAUAGCACUGAAAUGACUGCCGUCUUCUCUGGAGGUCUUGUAUAUGAGUACUCUAACGAGGGUAACGGAUAUGGUCUCGUGGAUAUCACCGAUGGAGCUGUUUCCACCACUGAACAAUACACGUACCUCAAGGAAGCAUACGCAAACACUACUUCUCCAACAGGCGCCGGUGGAGCCGUUACCACUACUGGAUCUGCAAGCACUUGUCCAACCGAAAGCUCUGAUUGGGAUGUCUCCGGUGAUGCCCUUCCAGCUAUGCCUACUCCUGCUAAGAAAUACAUGACUGAUGGUGCUGGUACUGGACCUGGUUUGGAUGGAGCUGGAUCUCAAGAGGCUGGCGAUACUGAAAACGAAUCUCAAGGUACUGCAACCGCAGGUUCUGGUGCUGUCACCUAUACUGCUUCUGCUGGUUCUUCGAGCUCUACAUCUUCUUCUUCUAGUGCUGGUGGAAGAAAUGCCGAAGUUGAUAUGAGAGCCUUCGGAGUUGUUGCAGUGACUCUUGUCGGUAUGGUCGGCGGUAUGAUGUUGCUUUAAUUUUGAGGGUUACCUCUGUGAGGUGGAGAUAGACUUUUCUUCUUUUCUUUUGUUAUCUUCGGUUUACAUAAAAUGGAAUGCAUAAACUUUGUGUACAAUUCGGCUUCUGCCCAAGCAUUUUAUCUUCCGUGUUUCUUGUCAUUUCUUGGCUGCUUCACACUAUAACAACUCUUAUGCAUUGAACCCGCGAAUCACUAACUUCGUAGUGAAAUUCGGAUUUGUGCACAGGGAGCUUGGCCUCUUGCCAUUCGUGUACCCUUCAAACCUUCUCGCUUAAUAUUCUUCACUCAUUUACUGGGCGAUGUCUUGUUCUCGCUUUCUCUUCUAUCAAUAGGCUCACUUGGUUGUCUUUGAGUUCUUUCAAGAAUUAUUUUCACUUGGUUGCUGACUUUGUUUUGAUCGUUCAGUCGGUGAGCGGAAUGCGGCUGAGGUUCCCCAAUGCGGGGUUAAUGCAGGGGGGCGCAUAUUGCAAUAUAAUACGACCGUGUAACUUCUAUCAUCUGUCUCUGCCCGAACAUCUUACAAGGCUGCAUCUAGAUGCUUGUGGCUUUGAAUUCACCGAGACAUGAAGCA